AUGUCGAACCAAACACCCGACUGGCUCGCUAGUGUCACUCACGUGGAGCUCGUUGUCGAUAAACAGAAUUUUGAUCAAGUCGCGAAUCACUAUCUAAAUUGGGAAGGUACCUUGCUCUCUCGCCAUCCCAGACCCGCAUUUGCACAUCCCCAUAAAUUCCCCUUUGUUGCUAGGAUCGCCCUUGGCAACAAUAAGUUGGCGAUGCAAGCGGUCAAGAAUGACCAUGAGUUCUUUACCGAGCACCUAUUGGAUUUACAAGGGACAGUCAUACCUACACAUUAUGGUACAUAUAUAGAACCCGAAACGGAAGUUGCUUGCAUGAUCUUCGAGGAUGUUGGAACGCCUGUCGGGCAGAACCACUGCUUUAGGAUUCAUUGA